GGCCGGGAGAGGCCCCUCCUUCACGCCCUCCUUCUUUCCCUCGCUCGCAGCGGAGCGGAGCCGGCGGACGCGGCUGGGCCCCCAACCCUCCCCGGGCCAUGGCCGGCAACGUGAAAAAGAGCUCUGGGGCCGGGGGCGGCGGCGGCUCCGGGGGCUCUGGCUCGGGCGGCCUGAUCGGGCUCAUGAAGGACGCCUUCCAGCCGCACCACCACCACCACCACCACCUCAGCCCCCACCCGCCCGGCACCGUGGACAAGAAGAUGGUGGAGAAGUGCUGGAAGCUCAUGGACAAGGUGGUGCGGUUGUGUCAGAACCCAAAGCUGGCGCUAAAGAAUAGCCCACCUUAUAUCUUAGACCUGCUGCCAGAUACCUACCAGCACCUGCGCACUAUCUUGUCAAGAUAUGAGGGGAAGAUGGAGACACUUGGAGAAAAUGAGUAUUUUAGGGUGUUCAUGGAGAAUUUGAUGAAGAAAACUAAGCAGACCAUAAGCCUCUUCAAGGAGGGAAAAGAAAGAAUGUAUGAGGAGAAUUCUCAGCCUAGGCGAAACCUCACCAAACUGUCACUGAUCUUCAGCCACAUGCUGGCGGAGCUAAAAGGAAUCUUUCCAAGUGGACUCUUUCAAGGAGACACAUUUCGGAUUACUAAAGCAGAUGCUGCAGAAUUCUGGAGGAAAGCUUUUGGGGAAAAGACAAUAGUCCCUUGGAAGAGUUUCCGACAGGCCCUUCACGAAGUGCAUCCCAUCAGUUCCGGGCUCGAGGCCAUGGCUCUGAAAUCCACUAUUGAUCUGACCUGCAAUGAUUAUAUUUCAGUUUUUGAGUUUGACAUCUUUACAAGACUCUUUCAGCCUUGGUCCUCGUUGCUCAGGAACUGGAACAGUCUUGCUGUAACUCAUCCUGGUUACAUGGCUUUCCUGACAUAUGAUGAAGUGAAAGCUCGGCUCCAGAAGUUCAUUCACAAACCUGGCAGUUACAUUUUCCGGCUCAGCUGUACUCGUCUGGGGCAGUGGGCUAUUGGGUAUGUCACUGCUGAUGGGAACAUUCUCCAGACAAUCCCGCACAAUAAACCUCUCUUUCAAGCCCUAAUUGACGGCUUCAGGGAAGGCUUCUAUCUGUUUCCAGAUGGACGGAAUCAGAAUCCUGACCUGACAGGCUUAUGUGAACCAACUCCCCAAGACCACAUCAAAGUGACCCAGGAACAAUAUGAAUUAUACUGUGAGAUGGGCUCCACAUUCCAACUGUGUAAAAUAUGUGCUGAAAAUGACAAGGAUGUAAAAAUCGAGCCGUGCGGACACCUCAUGUGCACGUCCUGUCUCACGUCCUGGCAGGAAUCAGAAGGCCAGGGCUGUCCUUUCUGCCGAUGUGAAAUUAAAGGUACUGAACCCAUUGUGGUAGAUCCGUUUGACCCUAGAGGAAGCGGCAGCCUGCUCAGGCAAGGAGCCGAAGGAGCUCCCUCCCCAAAUUAUGAGGAUGACGACGACGAACGAGCUGAUGAUUCUCUCUUUAUGAUGAAGGAGUUGGCUGGGGCCAAGGUGGAACGGCCUCCUUCUCCAUUUUCAAUGGCCCCGCAAGCCUCCCUUCCCCCGGUGCCACCGCGGCUUGACCUUCUGCAACAGCGGGUGUCUAUUCCUUCAAGUGCUUCUGGGCUUGGAAGUGCUUCUAAGGCAGCUUCUGGCUCCCUUCAUAAGGACAAACCAUUACCAAUACCUCCGACGCUUCGAGAUCUUCCACCACCGCCCCCUCCAGACCGGCCAUAUUCUGUUGGAGCAGAAACCCGGCCUCAGAGACGCCCCUUGCCUUGCACACCAGGCGACUGUCCGUCCAGGGACAAACUGCCCCCCGUUCCCUCUAGCCGCCUUGGGGAAUCAUGGCUGCCUCGGCCGAUCCCCAAAGUACCAGUGGUUGCCCCAAACUCUAGUGACCCCUGGACAGGUAGGGAAUUAACCAACCGGCACUCACUUCCAUUUUCAUUGCCCUCCCAAAUGGAGCCCAGAACAGAAGGGCCUAGGCUUGGAAGCACAUUCAGUGUGGAUACCUCCAUGAAUAUGAAUAACAGCCCACUAGCAGGUUCAGAGUGUGAGCACCCCAAAAUCAAACCUUCUGCGUCUGCCAAUGCCAUUUAUUCUCUGGCUGCCAGGCCCCUUCCUGUGCCAAAGCUGCCCCCCGGGGAGCAGGGUGAAAGUGAGGAGGACACAGAGUAUAUGACCCCCUCCUCCAGGCCUCUAGGGCUUCCAAAGCCAGAUGGGAAACGGCCUUUGGACACGACACAGAGUUCACGAGCGUGUGACUGUGACCAGCAGAUUGAUAGCUGUACGUACGAAGCAAUGUAUAACAUUCAGUCCCAGGCGACACCGGCUGUCACGGAAAGCAGCACCUUUGGUGAGGGGAAUCCGGCCGUGGCCCACGCCGGCACCGGACCCGAGGAGUCUGAAAAUGAGGAGGACAGCUACGACGUCCCCAAGCCGCCUGUGCCAGCAGCGCUGGCCCGGCGGACUCUCUCCGACAUCUCUAACGCCAGCUCUUCGUUCGGCUGGUUGUCCCUGGAAGGCGACCCCACCUCAAACUUCACUGAGGGCUCCCAAGUUCCCGAAAGGCCUCCCAAACCGUUCCCUCGCAGAAUCAACUCUGAACGAAAAGCAAGUAGCUGCCAGCAGGGCGGUGGUGCCCCUGCCCCACCGCAGCUCUCCAGCGAGAUCGAGAGCCUCAUGAGCCAGGGGUACUCCUACCAGGACAUUCAGAAAGCUUUGGUCAUUGCCCACAACAACAUCGAAAUGGCCAAAAAUAUCCUCCGGGAAUUUGUUUCUAUUUCUUCUCCCGCCCACGUGGCCACCUAGCACCCCCUGCCCCGCUGCUGCGUCGUGGACCAGUGAGCCGGCCGCUCUUAGCCGAGUGGCCCCUGAAAGGGCAGAGGUUUCUUUGGAGGCUUCAUGGCGAAGUUUUGCCCUCUCUGUGGGAGUUCACAUCUGUGGUUCCAAGAUUUCAAAGCAGUGGAAUGAACAUGGAGCAGCUAGUGUGUUUUAUUAUUUUAUUUGUUUUGAGAGUGGAUUCGAAGGUGUCCUUCAGUCCUCACUUUAGAGUGUGGAUUCUUAUUAAAUGGUAGCCUACCUGGGGAACAGCCCAGAAAGCAGUAGGAGAAGUUCUCUGCUGUAAAUUCUCAUUGGGGACUUCAGACUUCCCUGGGUUAAGGAUGUGGUUGUGUGUGUGUCUGUGGUUGCGUGUGUCUCGUGAUUAUAAGAUUAACCUGCUGUGUGUGUUAAUCCCAGGCAGGGAAUUAGCACAAGAGGUUUAGGAAGGAAUCGUGUAAGGACUUCCAUCUACUGUGGUUUUCUACCCAACCCGUGUGUAUGACUGCCCCAACACUCCCCGUCGGCUGGGAUCACCAUGUGCGUAGCUAAAGUCUUGUAUUUUUAGAACCCCCUCCCUCUGUCCUUCGUCCUGCUUCCUCCUCCUCCUCCGGGUCUGUCAUUGGCAGUGGGGUGGCCGUGACCAGACACACUGAAGCCGAGGGGCUUAUGGGAUGUUCCUCAUUAUGUGUGAUGGUGUUGGUUUGUGUGGUAGACAGGGAAGGGUGGCCCGUCUUGUCGCUGUACCGUUAUAGUCCUGUUUGAUCUAGCAGCUGGCACUGGUCACUCCAAAGCACUGUUUGUAUAGGAACGUUGAAUCUGUUAAAGUAAGAUGAUUUCGUUACCCUAAUUACAUAAUGACCGGUCUGAGAUAGAGGCCUUCAGAUACAUUCCACCCCACUCCCUCCCGCCCCGAAGAUGGUCUGUGGGAGCGCGUUGCCUCGGUGCCGGGUGUGCGCGACCGUAGGCCCGCGGGUUUUUAUCCUUCAUGGGAAGGGCCGGGCGGUUGUUUCCAGCACGGCUUUCUGGCCGAAGCCCAUAGAACUUUUAGGAAGCUUCAUUCACGUGUUCUUUGCCUUGUUCUCCAGCAGACGCACAGGAUAGUGAAGACCUCCCUGUUCGAUUUUUCUUCCCAGCGAGUUGGUCCCAGCUUGUGUGGGGGUCUCCCUUUGAACACAAGCCAGGUUACAGUUUCAGAGGAGAGUCCGCUCUUUGCCCUUUAAGGAAAGGGGCUUACGCCCGUGGUCACACAGCGUUUUGCUUACGGCGCUGGUCCCGACAACUGGGUUUCUCUUGUGCCUCUGGCUUUGGGCCUGUAGCGCGUCCUUCCGUCUCCUCGUCACCUUAAUCCUGUGUCCUCCAGUGACCGCAUUCUCCACGGUGAUUAGACAGUGUUUGGUGUGUACGUGACUUUCCUGUGGGCAGAGCGCGCAUGUGAGAAGCCCGGCAGUUUGUGUCAUUGCAGGUCAUGAAGAAGAUUCAGGAUCCAGGGUGAGGCCCCCGGUAGUCAGCCCCCGGAGGUGCUGCGAAAUGACCCCUGGAGUUGGCUUAGUUUUCUGUCCGGUCUCCGCUGGCUCCCCCCUCCCCCCACCCCCACUUGUCAGAAGCACGCCUACUCUGACAAAUCUGCCCACCUCGAAAUCUAAAUCCUGCUUUUGUCUUUAGAUCUAGAAUCUCUUUAGGUCAGUUUUCUUUCGCAUCUUGUCAUCUGUGGAGCUCACACUUGUCCUGACUCUUCCCUUGGCUCUCAGCUGUUCUGGACCUUUUGGCUUCACCCUCUUGCCUCCGAACUGUUUACGUUCCCAGGGAAGAAGGUGCAGGACUUCUUGCUGAUUUGCCCUAGUUCCCCAGUGUCUGCUCCACGUGGCGGGACACAGCCCAGCCCACCGUCAGGUGUGGGGGGUCCCGAUCGGCGUGGCUGGGGGCAGCGAGAGUGCCAGUGGAUGGGACACCAUAACCCAGCAUCUCCUCCUAAAAGCCGGUAAGGAUAGUGUUUUGUUUGUGGUAACAAUCAGUUUGUAUUUUGUUUAAAUGCUGAAGACACAGACGAAGAACUCGGAAAAAACGGCAGCACUUUCCAUGCCCUUACACGCUGCCGGUUUUCCUCGUCUGCACACAUUGCCCGUAGUAUGUGUGGAGAGCACACGACAGCAGUUCUGCGUAUCUUUUGUCUGUUUAGUGUGUCCCGCAUCUUUGGAGAUUACGUCCUUGCUUGUGUGGGCUCCGGGCAAGUUCAUUCUUUUGUUCCUAAUCGAGUACCCCUGUGGCUCAUGGGGUCAGCCCUCAACCUGGGGUGUCAGAUCCCCCUGUUGAACAUACACUUUGUUGAUUGGCUUGGUCAUCGGCCCGGCAGCUGGGUAUAGUGCCCUGUGGGGCAAACCCAUCUCCCUCCUAAUUCCAAGUGGUUCCUUCUCUGUUAACUUGCCGGGUGGAUAAGGUAAAAGUCACUUUGAUGUUUUUCUUUUUUCUCAAACGCAUUACGCCGCUUUGCUCAGUCCAGUCUCCUUUCCCUCUUUCUGGCUUGCUCUGCUCAGCCCUCCUCGCCAGCUGCCCUGGGGGCUCUGUGAUAUAUGCCUCCCUGUAAGAAAAUAAGAGAUUGGGCACUUCCUCUUCUCCUUGGCUCUCGGUUCAUUUUUAUGUAAAUAGUGAUCCGCACCUGUGGGCGCCCAUUCUCUCCCACUCGCCCCGCUCCCCCCACUCAACACUCUCAGCCAUUCUUCGGUUCUGUUCCCAUACAGGUGACACUGGGGCCUGGGAUGGGGCAUAGCGCUCAUGGUGUCCUUUGGCUGUUUUGUGGGUUAAAAUUUUUGGAAGGGGGUCGCUUUUCUUCAUACUUAAAGUAUUUAUUUCCUGUAUAGAAGAGUAAGAUACAACUGAUGGUUCAAAUGGCAGACCUACAAAUGAGUUUUUGUGAAUUUGCUAUCGCAGAGUAGGGCCUGUAUAUUCCCUUCAAGGCACCGUUAACAAGCUCGAUGCCUGUUUGUGGGUGGUCAGCGAUAGUGUUGAUGCAGAAUAUUCUCCUACCUCACAUGACAGUCAGGGUUCUAGGUCUUCUUCCCAAACUAAGUAAGUCCGCCUUCCUGCCAUUGGCUUUUCUGACUCUGGUGACCAACCGCCGCCCAGGGGAGAACGGUAUUCUGACCGUUGGCCUGGCGGUUUACCAGUUUGUUCGUUCAGCAGAUGUUUCUGAGCGAUUACCAUGUGCCAGAAGUGCCAGCUCCGCAUUCCCCUGUCGGGCACGUUGUGAGUAACCGAUGCCGGCAGACUGCGCAUGCCCCCUGUCUCAUACUUGCAUUUGGCCCUAAAAUAGCCUAUCCCCAAAAGAUUGUGCAGUUUUUAUUCACAGCUCUUUUAUGUAGAUCUGUAUUUCCUUAAAGAGCUGUCCUGGGUAAAAUCAAUUCAAGGCUCUUCCGUUAAUCCGUGUCGUCUUCCUAGAGCUUUGAAAACAUUGGGGAGAUUUCCUCAGUGUAAGUCUCGUGGGCACCCACCAUCUUAGAUGUAGUUCAGUGGAAUCUGGUGGGUUGAGGGGUGCGUUGGUUGGCUCAGAGCUGCACAGUAGGCCAGUUACGUGUAUAAGUAAAGCAUCUGCCCGGAGUCCCUCUCCAGUCUAGUGCCUUCCUUGAUCUUUCUACUGAGCUGCUCACGUCCCUAAUCCCCCUUGUGAAGUUUCCUUGUCCCCCUUUGGGAACCUGUUACCACGUCCCACUCUCUUUGGGACUUGUUUUCCAGUCCUUCCACACCCUUUGCAGCUCAUCCUCUGUCUCAGAAAGGCUGAAGGUGUAGGAGGGGCUGGCCACCUGUUGUUUGGUCCUGGUCUUCAGCUGAUCGUUUGCUCUCCCAAGAGCCAGGCAGCAAAACCGAUGGAACUCAGUCAGUUCUCAGAAGUGCCAGCCUUUCCCCCCUGGGCCAGGAGCCUUACUUAGCCCCCUAGAACUUAGCACCAGAAGGUGCACAUCACCACUUUCCUAGACUUUCAGGCCUUAGAAUUCAAUCUGAAGUAUUCUAAGUCCACAUGCAGGGUUACUGGCACUACUUUGACCUCAGUCUCUGUUCAUUGUCUUUCUUUAGAAGUGCAUAAAGCCACGUAGUGCACGGAGGAGGGUGCAUAGUGAAAGGAGGCCACAGUUUUGUGUCUUUGAUGGUCCUGUUUAGGAAUCCUUCGGAUGUUGGAAACAGGUAUACAGGCUAAAGAAAGGAAGGAACCCUGAGGACACCGGGUAUUUUAUAGACCCCCCGUAUAACAAGAACAGUUGAUUCUUGCGUGGGGCUGGCCUGGGACUGUCAGACUUUGCACCUCGUCCUUUCUCCUUAUCAGGCAAGCCCCGGAAUAGGCAGCCCAGUCCCCAAGUUGACAUGACAUCCGGGCUCUCUAAGGAUCACUGAGUACAGCUUUCCGGUGCCUCUUGAUUCACAUUCUCAAGAAAGAACACGAUCGGCCCAGCACGUUGCCUGGGUGUCUACCCCUGACCAGUCAGCCUUGGCAGCCUGCCCCUUCGGGUGGGGGUGCGGGGAGAGGCUACUGGCAGGAUAGACACCCUAAAGGUGUUUUAGUGGUAAAACUGCUGUCAUCCUGCCUUUUUUUUUUUUUUUUUAAGAGUAGAAAGGUAGGCAUGGGACUGUGUCUGGGAUAUUGAGGAAAUUCUUAGGUUUCACUUAAUUCAGGUUAUUGUCAUCUUUGUUUCUUACUGUUUUAAUUCCCUUUAUCAGUCUUGGCAUCCAAGAUUUCUUACCUCCCUCUUUAGGACCAGUUUCUCCUGUUCCGGAGCUAGUCUGUUCUUAAGGUGACAUUUCUUUGCCUUCAUUCAGUCUCAGGUGGUUAGCCUUCUUUCAUGUUCUUUGGAGAGCAGAUCACACAUCCCACUGCAGCUGCCCAGGGACUUCUGGGCUCUCUUCAAGUUGUAGCACCAAAAAUACAUCCAUUCUGUGGGCCCGUGGCCCUCGCUCCGCCCCUCCUCGGGGAGAGCCCUGCGGUGAUAUUCUUGGGCAGGCCUUCUGGGUACCUCAGAAACGACUUCCCCAUGCGAGGUCCGGCAGGACCACAUGCUAGUUGGGGCAGUGGCCAGGAUAGAAGUUAGAUGUAGAUUCCGGUUCAGAGGAGCAUUUUGACUGAGGGAGAGCUCUUCAGACCAGGAACUCUGGUCUUCCCCGUCCACCUGACUUCUUUGUAGUCCUGUAGCAGAGCCUUUGUAAAUUUUAUUUUUUUAAUUAUUUUUUAGGUUUUGAAAAACUGCUCCUGCUUGCCUAGUAAGUUUUGAUCAUACUUCCCUCCUAGAGCCUGUCCCAUGUUCUUAAGGCAUUUCACAAUUACUUGUAACUUUUUCAAACUGUUGGAGUCGUCUGGAAUACACAGAAGUGAUCUAGUAAUCCAAAGAUACACAUCGAGGCACGUGAGGGAGGAUGAGUCGUUAGCCCUCGCGUUUGGUACCCUGGACCAGGCGCCAGAAUCACGGAGCAGAGGGAUAGCAGUGCCAGGUACCUUGGCGUCCUGGGAAAUCUGGGUUGGUCUCCCAGGGGCCUGCAGGCGCUUUCUGGUUCUACGCAGCAGCACCGGAGUAAGAUGUGGGCGGACAGGGACGGGAAGAGCAAGCUACGACUGGAGACUCCCAUCCGAAUGCAGAAAGAACCUUCCCGAAGGGCCAGCUGUUGGCUGAGGGCAGCAGCUGUCGGGAGAGCUCCCUGCCGCUUCCCCCAUGUGGUGUGUGAUGUGUAGCGUGUCGUGCCCGAGAAGAAUGUGCGGGCCACUCCCUCUGCUCGCACAGAGCAGGGGCUGAAAGCCAGCUUUGGGCGGCCGGGCAGCCGAGCAGCCGAGCAGGUCGGCGGAGUUCUGAUUGCCCGGCUUGCGUUCUUGACCUCCUCCUGAGAUGCACGGGAGGGCACCCCUGCCCUGCCUCUCGCAGGUCCUCUUUUUACGCCCCCUUCAGACUAGGGGGCCGGGGGGCUGGGGGGGAAGGCUCAGCCACAGGCCCCGGGCACCUCCCCGAGCCUCACGCCGCUUCCCCGCCCAGCCCAGCGCCCUAACGUACACGUGUGUCGGCGUGCCCCGUGUGUCUGGUCCCUCCUCCCUGCAGACCUCGGACCCCGCUGGGGGCGAGGCCGCCAUGCUCAUGGCCGUCUCAAAACCGAAGAGGCAGACAACUACCGAGGUGUCUGUAGACCAUGUGUUUUCUCCUCCUUGGCUCCUUCCUUCUGCUGCCUGGGUGAGCCUGCGGGCACGGUGCCCGUGAGAGGGGAUGCCUCCUGACCUCCCCGUCUCCGUGUCUUGGCCUUGACCUCCUGCUGAAAUGUAUGGUAGGGGCAUGGCAGCUACGAGGUACCUCCUCCUACGUUUGCUUUCUGGCUGUGGUGACUUGGGAUUUCUAACCUUAUAUAUCUUUUUCCUUUAUUCAAAACAAAACAAUUUUUAGCACACUGAAAAAAAAAAGCCAAACAUUUUUGUGCCUUUCUAAGGCAGCACUGAAACUCAGGCUGCAUUUUAGGACUUAAUAUGGAAAUACCAGAGUCUUAGCUCCUCUACCUUGAGUGUCAGCCCUUAUAGGCUGGGGGCGGGGAGGAGGUAAACACUCUGUGGCUGGAGAUGGCAGGUGGGUGAGGCGCAUCUGGGGUCCCUUCUCCCUGCCGAGAUGCCCCAUCGGGGGGAAAAAGUGUUCCCCUGGGGUCAUUCGGUCAGUCCCAGUCCCCGAUCGUGACUUCCAGGGUGAACGCUCGAUCUCCCACAAGGAGAGACCCUGCUCCGAGGCUUCCGGGCGCGCUCUGGACCGUUCCACGUGUGCCGCCUCCUGGUCCUGCCAGCGCCGCAGCGGCGCGGGUCGGGGGGGGGGGGGGGGGGGGGGGGGUGUGGGUUGGAACCUCCCGAGGACGGGACGGGGCUCCGUCCUCGGGUCUGGUCUUUUUGCUGGAUCCUGAACUGGCCGCCACCUCCUGCCUUUCCCUAAAGACGUGGCUUUCCUUUUAUUUGAAGACUUCAGUCUUAAAGCAUUAAGCAGCCAGUGCCCCCAUGCAGGGUCCCGUCCCCACCCCCACCCCCAAUGGCAGCAGGACCCCCACGCGCCAGGGCCUCAGGAUGUGGCCACGGGCAGUUUCGGCAAAGAAAAAA